UGAAGCAAAGAUUUCAGAUUUAGGACAAGCGAAGUUAGGAUCACUACAAGCGAAUCCACAAGUUACGAUUAGGAUCAUGGACAAAUAUGCCGCUCCUGAAUAUUUGGCAACAGGCCAUUUAUACGUUAAGAGUGAUGUAUACGGCUUUGGUCUGGUCUUAUUGGAAAUAAUGACCGGACUAAGAGUGUAUGACCCAAAACGGCCUGAAGGACAAGAGAGUCUAGUCAACUGGUUAAGACCAAAACUCUCAAGCAAAGACAAAGUGAAACAUAUAAUGGACAAAGGAAUCAAAGGUCAAUACUCAUCCCAGGUGGCGACUGAAAUGGGACAAAUUACACUCUCUUGUACAGAACCAGACCCGAAAAAACGACCACACAUGAUGGAAGUUCUCGACGUACUCGAACACAUCCAACGCAUUAACCUCGUCAUCCAUUCUUCCACUAAACCUGACAUUGCUAGCUAUUCUCAUUCCUCGCCACGCCACUAUCAGUACUGAUAUCGAGCCGGUGUGUGGGGCUAAACGGAGGAGGUCGUCGCCUGGACCGUUUGAAUAAAGAAAGAAAUGGUUACUUGAUGCUUUUUUAGAGUGCUUUGGUUCAACUCUGUUUUAAGAUGAGAAUAUAUUUAUACUUUGUUUUGUGACCAUAUUUUUAAAGUUAUUUGUGUACAAUAGUGUUUCCUUAUA